AUGGGUAUGGACAUGGGGGAUGGGUAUGGACAUCGGGGAUGGGCACUGCCACUGGGAUGCACUUUGUGCCCACUGGGAUGCACCCGGGACAUGUCUUGUGAACUCCGGGAUGCCCGUGCCCGUCGGGACAGUCCUUGUGCCCCUCAGGACUCACCCGAGAUGCACCCGUGCCCACCGGGGUGCACUUUGUGCCCCUCGGGAUACACCCCGUGUCCCUCGGGACACACCUUGUGCCCACCGGGACACAUCCCGUGCACACCGGGACAUACUUUGUGCCCACUGGGAUGCACCCCGUGCCCACCGGACACAUAUUGUGCCCCUCGGGAUGCAUCCGUGCCCACCGGGACACACCUUGUCCCCACCGGGAUGCAGCCGUGCACACCGGGAUAUAUCUUGUGCCCACCGGGAUGCACUUUGAGCCCACCGGGACGCACUCGGGACACACUUUAUGCCCAUCAGAAUGCACCCAGGACACACCUUGUGCCCACCGGGAUGCACCCGUGCCCGUAAGGACGUACCCGUGCCCCUCGGGACAUACCCCGUGCCCACCGGAAUACACUUUGUGCCCACCAGGACACACCCCGUGCCCACCGGGAUGCAAUUUGUCCCCAUCGGGAUGCACCCGGGACACACCUUGUCCCCACCAGGACACACUUUGUGCUCACCGGGACACACCCCGUGCCCACUGGGAUGCACUUUCUGCCCCUCGGGAUGCAUUUUGUGCCCACCGGGACACACCUUGUGCCCCUCGGGAUGCACCCCGUGCCCACCGUGACACACUCCGUGCCCACCGGGAUGCACUUUCUGCUUUCUGGUGCCCCACCCGUGCCCACCGGGAUGCACCCGGGACACACUUUGUGCUCACCGGGACACACCCCGUGCCCACCGGGAUGCACUUUCUGCCCCUUGGGACGUACCCUGUGCCCACCGGGAUAUAUUUUGUGCCCACCGGGACACACCUUGUGCCCCUCGGGAUGCACCCCGUGCCCACCGUGGCACACCCCGUGCCCACCGGGAUGCACUUUCUGCCCCUCGGGACGCACUCCGUGCCCACCGGGAUGCAAUUUGUCCCCACCGGGAUGCACCCGGGACACACCUUGUCCCCACCAGGACACACUUUGUGCCCACCGGGACACACUUUGUGCCCACCGUCACACACCCGUGCCCAUCGGGACACAUUUUGUGCCCCUCGGGAUGCACCCGUGCCCCUCGGGACAGACCUUGUGCCCACCGGGAUGCACUUUGUGCCCACUGGGACACACCYUGUGCCCACCGGGAUAUACUUUGUACCCACCGGGACACACCUUGUGCCCCUCGGGAUGCACCCCGUGCCCACCGUGGCACACCCCAUGUCCACCGGGACACAUCCCGUGCCCACCGGGAUGCACUUUCU